AUGUAUUCUCAUGAAGUUGUUAUUUAUAUAUCUCAUUCAGCUAAUAUCUGUCAGUCUCUGCUCUUUGUCUCUCUCUUUCUAUCUAUCUAUCUCAUUCUGCUUAUAUCUAUCUCCCCCUCUCUCUUUUCUUCUUCUUUUUUUCUUCUUCUUUCUAUGUAUCGAUCUACUUUUUUUUCUAUCUAUCUAUCUAUCUAUCUAUCUAUCUAUCUAUCUAUCUAUCUACUUCUUUUUCGUUGUCGCCGUCUUUCUCUCUUUCUUUGUAUCGUAUCCUUUUUCUUCUUUUUCUUUCUUUUGACUCUUCCUGUUUCAUUCUUUUUUCACCUUUAUUUCUUCCUCACAUAUAUACUUCCUAUCUCUUCAAAAAUCGCUCUUUUUUCACUCUCCCUGGUUAAUCUUCUCUUUCUUUCUCUCUCUCUUUAUUCCUCAAAUAUAUACGCUCUCCUUCUCUAUCUCUUCUAUAAAUCGUUAUUUUUUUCACUGUCUCUUUCAUCUUUCGUUUCUCUACCCCUCUUUCUCCUUCACGUGUAUACACCUUCAUUCUCAAUAUUUUUUAUAAAUCGCUAUUUUUUCAAUCUCUUUCGUCUUCUUUUUUUCCCUCUAUUUCUUCCUCACAUAUAUACGCUCGCUCACUCUAUCUCUGAUAGCUAUUUUUUCGCUUUCUUUCAUCUUCACUUUCUUGCCAUCUUUCAUCCUCAUAUAUGUACGCUCAUCCUCACUAUCUUUCCUAUAAAUCACUAUUUUUCACUCUCUUUUUCAACUUUGUUUUCAUUGCCUCUCUUUCUUCGUCGCAUUUAUAGCUCUAUGCUCUAUCUCUCUAUCUCUCCUAUCAAUCACUAUCUUUUCAUUCUCUCUCUCAUUGGUUUCUCUCUAUAUAUAUAUUUCUUCUUCACACACAUAUGUAUAUAUACACUCCCUUUUCUAUCUCUUCUAGAAAUCGCUAAUUUUUCCGCCUCUCUUUCAUAUUUGUUUUCUCUCCUCACUUUCUUCCUCAUAUAUACACUUCCCUCUAUAUCUCUUAUAGAAAUCGCUAUUUUUCCACCCUCUCUUUAA